AUGCCUCAGGGAACACCCUACAACGCCUUCAUUCCCCCAUACCCCAUCCGCGUUGACCAGUUCACCGACCCCGCCUUGUCGACACACUCGUUCUCUGGGCGAGAGAAGACAGCCAAUCUCUACCUCCUCACCCACACUCACACGGACCACCUGAUAGGCCUGUCUGCACGAUCGUUUGCCCAGACGGUCGUGUGCUCGCACGACGCAAAAGAGAUGCUACUCCGCCACCAGGUUUAUGCUGAACGUGCCUUGCGCGACGCCGAACUACGUGCAGAAAAUGUGCGGGCUUUUUCUCACUUGCGGGUCGAACCACAGCGGAUGGACGAUGGGAGUGUAGACUAUGCGGGCUCGAGGGAUCUGUUGCGCGCUACUCAUAUCCACCUCCCGACGCGCUUCAUCCUGAAUAACGAAGAGGACGUCACUAUCACCUUGCUCGAUGCUAACCACUGCCCAGGCGCUGUUAUGUUCCUUGUGGAGGGAGCGAAAGGUACGGUGCUGCACACAGGAGACUUGCGGGCAGAGCCAUUGUUCCUCGAGAACCUAAAGCGCAAUCCCUACAUUCAACGUUAUGUUCACAAUCCACGUUCUUCGUCGUCCGCCCACGUGCUUUCUACCCUUGACGCCAUCUACCUUGACACGGCAUGCCUGCUUAACGAUUAUGAAGUCCCACCCAAGGUCGAAGCAGCUGCAGGGUUGACUGGACUGAUGGCGUUAUACCCCUCUACUACACGGUUUUUCCUCAAUCUCUGGACUUGGGGGUACGAAGAUAUCUACAAGGCAGUGGCCCAAAGGUUCGAUACCACAAUACACGUUGACCGCUACAAACACUCCGUGUAUGCACAUAUAUCGGGCGACCCAUUCCUCCAGAUGAUUGUCACUAGGGACGAGUCGUCGACACGAUUCCACGCUUGCGAGCGGUUCGAGCGAUGCGAGCACGUCCGGGUCGUCGGUCGGGAGUCCCACACGCCCAGCGGCCAUCACGUGGUUUACGUCAAUCCAGUGAAUAUGGACGUGAAUUCGUGGCAAAGGUACCUCCAAGAAACCCGAGAGCAGCUGCAGAGAGGCAAGCAGGUGAACGUGCUGCUUGUCCCGCUAGCACGACACUCAACGCUGCCAGAACUGCGGAAUCUUGUUUCAUUGUUCAAGCCGCGGCGCGUAGUACCGAACACACUCGAUCCGACUCUGAAAGGAUUAGACGCGGCUUGCAUACAAAAGAUGUUCGCUGGCUGCCUGGCUGAAGCCUCCCCGUCGACUCACGAGAGCGUCGCACCGUCCGCGUCGGAGCUCAGUGAGCUGGACGCUGCCAUGCGAGGUGGUGAAGGCGAGGACGUUGCUUUUCAGAACCUCGAGGGCGACGGUGCGCGGGAAAUCGCGGAGAAGUGGGCAGACAGCGGUCGCAUGCGCAGGAAGCUGUCCGUCAUGAAGCAAUAUCUCCCUAGCUCUCUACGCCACAAGGUCGAGCAGAUCCUUGAUGGACGUCAUCGUCCGUCCGCUUCCAGUCUACCUGCCCAGCCUUCCAAACGUCUCCGUAGCAAAGGUACCGCUCGGGAUCCGGAGCUACCCUCCUCGCCCCCGCCACCACCCAGCGCGCCAGACAAGCCCAAACGAGUUUUUCAGGGGAGAGCGACUAUGGCGGAGGCGGCAGCCGCGAUGGCCCGCAUCGAGCGUAACCGUAAUGUUCCCAAGGCCCUCCGGUCCCCCGAACCCGACUCAGAGACUGACGACGACGAUCACGAGGAGGAGCACGAGUUCUUUGCGAAUUACCUCUUCGGAGACCAGGCUGGGACUCCCGCAAAGGAGCGCUUCUACGCGAUUUUGAAUGCGGAUAGGACGUCUCCCUCUUUGGUCUCGUCGCCGGUCACUCCGCAGCAGCCUGCCGCGGGCCCUUCGCGGGUCGUGCAGCUGCCUGGUGACUUGCCGCUCACCCCGUCGUCAAAGCGGGGAUCCGAAGGCCUGACCCAUUGGCUGAAGUCCUCUUCGCCACCUUCUGCGGAGGAUGGUACGCAACCGUGUAUAACGCUGCCUCGACCACAAACAUUAAAUACCGCCGUCGCGGGCGAGGCGGAAAAGCCGCAGACGCCCCACCGUGCAACGAUACUGAGCUCUCCUUUUGCGCUCAAUACAGCUCGGAAGGACAAGGCAAUCGCUAUCCCCACACCGGCCACGCGGACAAGACAGCCCCCUGGCCUUUUCAAGGACAAGGACGAACGUCCGUCGCGCAGUCACGGGCACACCCUCGCUCCUCUUGCGUCCCUCCUCGCUCCAGCUGCCCACGCCUCCCCUCAGCAUACACACCAUGCAAAAGAUUCUCCUAGCAGUGUGGCCGUAGCUGUCGGAUCUUCUACCCACGGAAGCCCAGAGCCUCUCCUCGACCUCCGCAAUCUCCGCAAGCGGCCUACUGCAGCCCAUGAUUUGGACCAAGAAGACGACGCCUCGAAUAGUCCUAAGAGAAGGCGUGUCAGCACCGACAUGGCCUCGACGGCUCCCCUUCCGAUGUCAGAUCGGACAACAGUGGCAAUACAAGAUGACACGAUCACCGUUCACUCUCCGCGCGGGGUCGGACCACUGCGAAUAGACUCAGGCUCACAGGCGCAACACGCCCACUGGGGCUCAAGAACCAGAACCCCGAACGAAGAACUUGAACAUGCGGCCAGUUCAGCUUCGCGAAUCAGGGGUGCAAUUGCGGUAUCUGUAGGAGGGGCGACACCUGUAACAAGAACCGUCGAAGGUCCUGUAGGCGCUGCCUCGAUCUCUGAAUCUGCCGUAACAGCGUCGGCAGGCGUGAGCGCGAACGGCCUAACCGAACCGAACGCAACAGACAAGCACCAAAACAAAAGCAGGGCAAACUCGCGGAUGCACCGUCUCGCGAUCGCAGAACGGCUCGCGAAGGCACUCCCGGCCAGCUUUGUCACCCCGUCAUUCAAGGCCAGGAAAGAGCGCGAACGUCUGCGGGAGGAACGACGGUACUUGUCGAACGGACCUGUUGGUGAGAUUGCCAGUGUGUGUGCGUCAAGCCCGAACCUCCAUCUCGAAGGCGUCAACGCCGAUAAGACCGCCGACGACCUUGUGGGAAGCAGUAAUAGCAGGAAGCGCGGCGAUGCAAUCGACGCCGUAUCUGUGCACAAGUGGAAGGUUCCGCCAAGGUUGCCGUCACAAGACGAAUAUAUGGAGGAAGACGUGGCUGCGCGGGUUGCCGCUAAGCGAGAGUCGUUUCAGCAGCAACUGGCGCAAGGUAUACGCCCGGGACUGUUCGUCCCGCGGCUGCGGUGUCUCGAGAGCCAGGAAGAGGGAGGCGUUCCGUACAUCGCACAGGGUUGA